AUGUUUCAGUUGGGUGCUCAUCAUGGUUCUCUAUUAGACAUGUUGCAUGCAGGCUUGGUUCAUAGUCGUAGCCCUCAAUUGCGUGAGUUAUGGCUCACUGCUUUUGUUGUUACGUUGUAUUGCAUUUGGAAGUUCAGGAACCAAGCUAGGUUUGAUGGAGUUCAACCUAAUGUCAGUAAGGCAUGUAAUCUGAUUUUUGGGCAAGUGGUUGCUUCUAAUAAAAUUAGUUCUAGCUGCAUGAAUAAUGGGGUUUUUUAUCUUUCCAUUCUGAAGAAGGUUGGUGUCCCUUGCAAGCCUAGUAAAGCUCCGUGCAUUGUGGAAGUCAAUUGGCAUCCUCCAUUAUUUGGUUGGGUUAAAGUCAACACUGAUGGUGCUUGGCGUAGCUCUUCGGGCCAAGCGGGUUAUGGAGGCAUAUUUCGGGAUUUUAGAGGUGGAGUACUUGGUGUUUUUUGCUCCAAUUUUAAUAUGGCGAGUUCGGUGGCAGCAGAGGUUAUGGCAGUCAUAAAAGCUAUUGAGCUAUCAUGGGUGCGAGACUGGAAACAUGUAUGGUUGGAGGUUGAUUCUUCCUUAGUUAUUACUUUUCUUCGCUCGCCGCAUUUAGUGCCUUGGAAGCUAAGGUUGAGUGGGGGAAUUGUUUACAUCGGAUAUCACAUAUGCAUUUUCGUUCUUUUCAUAUUUUCGUGA